AGAUCGCCCAUCAUAAUGUCAUGCUUGCUCUCAUGUGUGGAGAAAGCCAAUGAAAACAGAUGUGGUCUUUGACUGCUGCACAGUUCCUUAUGCAUGAUGAAGCCUAAUGAAGUUAGCGAGGGGAGUCUCAGACAGCGCUAAUGGGAGAUGGCCAAGAAAACCAGACAUGUGAUGAGAAAAAUACCAACUUCAUGUGACCCAUGGCUAAGGAGUGGCUCAUAGGAGAAGACAAACACUCAUUUGUGUUGUUUUCUUCAGUCAGUGAUGAGGCAUUGAGGAGGAUCCACCACUCAGCCCGCUUCAACUUGGAUGAAGCAACAGUGUUCAGCAUGCAGACUAUAAAGACAGUGGAGACCCAGGUGCCCUUUCUUAAAGAGAGUUUCUUCACCACCACUUUCAAAGGCAGAAGGAAGAGCAGUGUUACCAACAUCCUUCGUAAACAACAGCAGCACUCAUUCCUGCAUCAACAACAACAGCAGAGCAUUUUUGAGCAGCAGCAGCAGUAUCCCAAGCAAUUUCCUUCCCCUGCGGUUGAAAAUGGACAAGGACAGAGCACUCCGGAUCAUCAGCGCCUCACUCGCUCCAACAGCAGCCCGUUAUGCAAGACACCAGAGCGCACGGGAGCAGACGGGGAUAGAAAGGAGGGGCAAAAAGAGAGGAAGGAUCAGAGAGCCAUUGAGCAUGAGCAAGAGAGGAGGGAGGGAGAGUGGGGAGUGAGUGGUAGUGAGCCCGCGGCUGUCAGUGCCAGUCUCCUCCUACUUUCAUCAUCAGCUGCAUCGGCAACACAAGGGGAGGCAACAUCAUCCUCACAGCUGCCUCUAACUGUGGUGGGCAGACAGCAGGGAUUAGACAGCUCUAAAAGGGCUCUGACCGACAGAGGAGUAGCAUCAGUUGCAGCCCCGGAAGAAGCCCAGCAUGUCCAGCAGCCUCGACCCCAACAGCAUGGCCUAUUAGCCAAGGGUGUGCGCCUGUUUAGGAACAUGGGAAACCAGGAGGCAAAGCAGAAGAAAGGAGCGGGUAACGGCGGAGCAGCAGGGGAUGUGGCCUGUGACGGUGAUGCUGAUGAGAGGGAAGUGGACAAGAAAUCCAAAAAGUCCCACAGUAAGACGAGCAAAGGAGGAGAGAGUAGCAGCAAGAAGAAGUCAAAGUCAGAGUCAAAGAGUUCUGUGUUUUCAGGGAUGAAGAUCAGGAAGAGUUUAUCAAAGGCCAAAGGGUUGUCCAAGGAUGACAUGCUGGAGGAUGGCAGGUCGGGACACUCGGGGAAAUCAGGGCUCAAGCCUGGCACUGAGGCAAGUCUGUCAGCUGACGAGAUGGGCAUGUUGUCAGAUGUAGAGGGGGAUCUAAGCCGCUUGACCUCAGACAGUCAUCAAUCGAUGGUGGGAGAAAUUGGCCGGAAGACAAGCUCUGGCUCGGAUGCUGACCUCUACAGUUUUCAUUCAGCUGCUGCUGAGAAUGAAGACCUGCUUUCUGACAUCCAGCAGGCCAUUAGAGACCAAUGUGUGGCCAGUGACAGGGUGCUGGAAAUGGUGGCUGAAGGGACCACUUAUGAAGGGGGCAGACCAACUGAGAAGGUACUUAAAGAUGGUUUCCCUCACACUGUUGCCAGUGAAUGUGCGCCUCAUGAAAAGAAUAAGAAAUUAGAGAACGAGAGUUGCGACAUACCCAUAUCAAGGAAUUCAUCCGGUCCAGGUUCUCUGAGUGAGAGCGGCCCACCAUCAUCAGCCCCAGACACAGAAAGAAGCAGUGGCAGCGUUUUCCCCAAAACAAACAGCACAUAUAGCUUUCCUGAAACUACAACUACCACCAACACCUCGUAUGAGAGCGCAGAUGAGCCCCAGGAUGACCUGGAGAGCCCAGUUGUAAACCAGCAGCACAGUCGAGGAAAUCUGUGUGUGCCAUGUGUCCGCUUAGAUCCUGUGGUUGCAGGAGCUGGACCAAUCGGGUGUCACAAGAGUGCGAGCAGUAUGGACCUGUCAGUAGAGAUGGAAGGGGAGGAGGAGGACCUUCAAAGGCAUGACUUCCUGUCCCUGAAAAGAAGGAAGAGUAGCUUGUCUUUUAGCCAGCUGACACCAGACAUCCUCCCUGGUUCCCAGUCCAGACGGACGUCCUCAACUUCCCCAUCCACUGUCAAACUCUACCCUCCAGUCCAUCCGUCCUAUGUUAAAACUACCACCAGGCAGCUCACCUCUCCCAUCGGUUCCCCCCUUACCAGCCCCAAUAUUCCCAGGAAAACAGAAACCACCACUGGUUCAGUGGAAGCCAGCAGGGCCCAGCAGUUUAGGAAGCACAAGCAGAGAUCAUGCUCAAUUGCCGGGCCCAUUGGUGUGUCCACAGACUGGCUUACAGAGCUGGAGGAUCUGAGAACAAGGCAGGCUGGUGGAGGUAGAUUCUCAGAGCCAGAGACACCAGAGAAGAAUCACACAGGGGGGAAUUACUGGACUCUGGGUUCUAGGAGAGCACAUCAUGGACGGAAGAGCUCCACUUCCAUGGUACCCUACCUGGAUGUCUUCUCUGGUCGCAGUCUGUUGGACCGUCUGUGCAUGCAUCAUUGGGAGAGCUCUGCAGAGGAGGAUGCGAAGGACUUGUGUCAACGAAUGUUGGCCCAAGGUCUGCUGCACCCCUUCAGCAACGGCUCUGCAGAGCUCCAUGGUGACAGCACUGUCUCAGCAGUCUUUAAUGAGGAGCAGCUGUACACGUGGGCCUCUGUGGGCCUGCCUGUGUCUUCUCACCUGUGGGAGCUGUACGGGGGGCGGACCUCAGGCAGAGAGCAAAGCUUCAGAUCCACUUUAAAUCAGUCAUCGGCCAGGACACCAGGAGCCCUCCACUCUCAGACAGAAUCGAGCAGGUUGAAAUCAAGCCAGUCAUCCUCUGAGGAUGAAAGCUGUGUCAUCCCCCAACUGGAGAGGACCAUCGAUGACCUGCGGAUUAAGAUCUCCGUGCUGCAGGGCCAGCAGGCCUCUUUGGCAAAGGCCAGCCUGGAUAAUACAGGGGUCUCAGGCGCUGCCAGUGUCAAAUCCUCACAGAUGAGAGGAGGCCUGUUGGUGAAGACAAGCCAGGAGGUAUCUGUGCAGACGUCACCGAUGGAAGAGGGGUUUAAAUUUGACGUGCCUUCAGGUGGAGGAUCAGGUGGCGUGUCGUCCUCUGUUUCAUCCUCUGUCCUUAAAUCUGCAGAGAACUUUGUCUGCACGUGCCAGCAGAAGACUCAAAGCAUCCAGCCCCCUUCUCCUCCUCCUCCUCCUCCUCCAAUCUCUGGUGGUGCCCCCCUGCCUGCUCCACCACCUCCACCGCCUCCCCCUCUACCUGGGCUUGGACCUUGCCCACCUCCUCCACCCCCACCUCCUCCUCCUCCUCCACCAGGUUUUGGACCUCCCCCGCCUCCUCCUCCUCCAGCACCUGGUUCUAGCCCCCCUCCCCCACCACCUCCUCCACCUCCACCAGGCAUGGGCCCUCCACCGCCGCCCCCACCGCCAGGAAUGGGCCCCCCUCCUCCUCCACCACCCCCAGGCUUCGGGCCUCCUCCUCCACCCGGCCCCCCCAUGCCCUCCACGAUGGUGCAGGAAGCCGCCCCUGCCAAGGCCGUGAUCGAGCCCCCCAAGCCAAUGAAGCCGCUGUACUGGACGCGCAUACAGCUGUACGCUAAAAAACCCGCUGGCUCUCUUGUGUGGGAGAAAAUUGAGGAACCAAGUGUGGACUUCAAUGAAUUUGUGGAACUGUUCUCCAAAAGUGCCAUUAAAGAGAAGAAAAAGCCCAUUUCUGACACAAUCAGCAAGUCAAAAGCCAAGCAGGUGGUGAAACUCUUGAGUAACAAGCGUUCUCAGGCUGUGGGGAUUCUCAUGUCCAGCAUUCACCUUGAUAUGAAGGACAUUCAGAAUGCUGUGCUGAAUAUGGACAACACCAUCGUUGACCUGGAGACUCUGCACGCACUCUAUGAAAAUAGAGCUCAAGCUGAUGAGAUGGACAGCAUUAAAAAGCAUAUUAAAUCGACGAAAGACAAGGAGGACGCCAAACCGCUGGACAAGCCUGAGCAGUUUUUAUUCCAGUUAUCCCAAAUCCCAAACUUCUCUGAGCGAGUGUUCUGCAUCCUGUUCCAGUCGACUUUCCAUGAAUGUAUCACCUCCAUCCUCCGCAAAAUAGAAACCCUUCAGAGAGUGUGCAAGGCUCUCCAGACUAGUGGGUGUGUACUGCGGGUGCUUGGCCUGGUGCUGGCGUUUGGCAACUUCAUGAACGGAGGUAAUCGGUCUCGAGGGCAGGCUGACGGCUUCACCUUGGACAUUUUGCCAAAACUAAAGGACGUGAAGAGCAGUGAUAACUCCCAGAGUCUUUUGUCCUACAUCGUUGCUUACUAUCUAAGGCACUUUGAUGAGGAUGCUGGCAAAGAGACAUGUAUGUACCCUUUACCUGAGCCCCAGGACCUUUUUCAGGCCUCUCAGAUGAAGUUUGAUGACUUUCAAAGAGAUCUGCGUAAGCUGAAAAGAGACCUAAAUGCAUGCUCAAGUGAGACGGAGAAAGUCUGCCAGUCGUCCUCUGCAGAAGACCUGCAGCCCUUUAAGGACAAGAUGGGUGAAUUUCUUAGCCAAGCCAAAACUGAACUGGAAACACAAGAGAAGCAGCUGGCGGAUACUCAGAAAGUCUUCUUGGAGUUGAGCGUGUCAUUCUCCGUUAAACCAAAGGCAGGAGAGAAGGAGGUCUCUCCCAACACUUUCUUCUCUGUUUGGCAUGAGUUUUCCUCUGAUUUCAAAGAGCAGUGGAAGAAGCAGAAUAAGCUGAUGUUACAGGAACGGGUCAAAAUGGCUGAAGAGAGCUUUAAACAGGCCAGAGAGAAAGCCUCCUACAAUGUGAAACCUAAACAUGCAACUGGAAUAAAAGCAAAGCUGGGUCAGAAGAUCUGAAGCAAGACGAUGGAAAAUGAUCAUCAGGCAGCCUAUUGCACAAGCACUGUUUGUACAAUCUGAUUUAGAAUCAUGGAUCCUUUUUAUACAUUUGCCUCCAGUAUUAAAUUGAUGAAGAUGUGUUGUGAGACUUUUCAAAGCUGUUAGAAGUUCAAUGAAAGAUCAUACUCCCAGCCAUCUUUUGAGAGAAUUUCCCUGAUAGAGUAUCAUGAGUAAAUGCAGUGGAGUUAAUUGCCAGAAAAUGGUAGAAAUCUACCACUGCAGCCGGAAAUUUGUAGCAAAAUUAUAUCAAAGCUUUGCCACUUUUUUUGUAAGCCAUAUGUAGCCUAUUUUCUUUAUUGUGCAAUUCCCCAGCCCAGUUUACUAGAAAGGCAUGAACAUGUCAUCUUUACAUCUUCCUCAAAGGUAAAAAAGCACAAUAUUUUUAUUCUAUUUCUACACAGUAAGUAUGGAUCAUCAGUGCCUUACUGCACAGUGCAGAGGUCAAAUGAGUGCUGCCGAACUGAGCUUAUUUCUGAGACAUAUCAUGUUAUUAAAUGUUGCGUGUGAAGAUGAAAAAUUUUACCAACUGAAAUUAUGAUAAUUGUACAUUUCUUUAUCAUGAUAAUUAUACACAGUCUCUUAUUGUGGUUUAAUAUCCAUACAGGCCAUGCAAACCUAAGUGGUGUGAUUUGAAACAGACCUUCUCAUGUUUUAGUCAACAGUUUUGUCUUCUUGCUUUGUUUUAAGGAAACUCCUAUGCACUUUGUGUUACCUUUCCUUCUGUGUGAGUGUGAGUUCCUAAAUAAUGGAGCAAUAAGAUCAUGUGAUGUGAUGUACAUGUGCAAUACCAGUUGAAUUAAUAGCCUUGACCAUUAAAAAAAUUAUAUUUAUUAAAUAAAAGA